AUGAGCGAAUAUCGCUGGAAUGGGUGCCACCUCCUCCUGGCACUUCUACUCUUGGGAUACACCGGAGCGGAGACGGAGCUGCGUGGACUAUUGCCCGAACUGUGCGUCUUUGCGGAGAACAAGUGUCCGAAUCCUCGCAUUAGCUUUUGGCUCUACACAAACCACACCCGCGAUCAGCCCGUGGAAAUAGAUCCCCUAGAUCCCCAGGCGGAGCUGUUUGAGCCCAGUCUACCCCUAAAAAUACUCAUACACGGCUUCAUCGGCAGUCGGGAUCUGACGCCCAAUCUGGAGGUGCGAGAUGUCCUGCUGCAAACCCAGCCCGUCCAUGUCCUUUCCGUGGAGUAUGGGAGUCUGGUGCGUUUUCCGUGCUACUUUCCCUGGGCUGUCACCAAUGCUCCCAUUGUGUCCGAGUGCCUGGCUCAGCUAGUAGGCAAUCUCUUGACAGCCGGCAUCUACAAACGGGAGGACAUACACUUGAUUGGGUUCAGUCUGGGGGCUCAGGUGGCGGGCAUGGUGGCCAACCAUGUGGACGAGCGCCUGGCUAGGAUCACUGGCCUGGACCCAGCUGGGCCUGGCUUCAUGAUGCAGGCCUCGCUGCGCCAGAAACUCGACCCCAGCGACGCAGACUUUGUGGACAUCAUACACACCGACCCCUUCUUCUUCUCCAUGCUGCCGCCGAUGGGGCAUGCGGACUUCUACCCCAACCUGGAUCAGCUGAACCAGCGGGGCUGCAGCUACGUGAGCUCUUGGCGCUUCUACAACUGCAAUCACUACCGCGCGGCCGUCUACUACGGGGAGUCCAUCACCACCAGCAAGGGCUUUUGGGCCCAGCAUUGCGGCGGGUGGCUCGACUUCUUCUCCCAGCGCUGCAACCAAUACUCGAACAUGCCCAACACUCAGAUGGGCUACUUUGUCUCGGAGAACGCCAUCGGUUCGUAUUUCCUCACGACCCAUGAGGUUUCCCCCUUCGCCAAGGGACCCUUGGUGGAUGUGGAAAUGGAUGUGGCAGAGCUUCACAGUUUACAGCGGGCUUAA